UUGCCAUUAGUUCAGAGUCGGGAUGACAGCUGAACGGUCGUAAAGGUAUAGCAACGCAGUCUGUAACAACAACCUUAAUAAAGUCCCGUUUUACAAAGCACGACCGACAGAUUUAACCGUGUGAGGCGUUUUUGUACCAACCGACCGACGUGUUUGUUGACGGUAACCGUUACGUUUGUUUUUUCGUAUUUACACCAAGAAAGAAAAAGAUCCGUAUCCGGAUGUACCAGCGGCGUUGGGUUUUUCGUAUGGCGUAGGAACAUUUUUAAAGCAGGACAUUCUUGAUGUUUGGAGGAUCAAACAAGGCCCUCGGGUCGACAGCUUAUUCGACUAACAUUACAUAUAAUUUAAAAUCGACCAAUUUUUGGUGGAGAAUGAUCGUCGAAAUGGUUGUGCAAUAGAGAGGAAGAAGCGUUGUAGCACGUCUCGACUACCUCAGUGUUGAGACUGUGGAGAGACAGCGAGUCACCUGGGAUAAGUUGUGUUUUUGUUUCCUGCUCUAAACCUCCACGACGUGUUUUUCAGAGCCCGUGAGAGCUAUUACAGGGGAGGCGAAAAGAAGUCAUUGUCUUGUGUUUGUCUGUGUGUGUGCGCGUUUAAACCCCUCUGAACAUCCGGAAAACCUUUACGAUGACGGGCAGCAACACCCCAGCGGACAUGAUAAACUUGAGGCUUAUUUUAGUCAGCGGGAAGACGAAAGAAUUCCUCUUCUCUCCCAACGACUCAGCUGCAGAUAUUGCCAAACACGUCUAUGACAACUGGCCGAUGGACUGGGAGGAAGAGCAGGUCAGUAGCCCAAACAUACUGAGGCUGAUCUACCAGGGACGUUUUCUACAUGGCAACGUAACACUAGGAGCUCUCAAACUGCCUUUGGGGAAGACCACAGUGAUGCAUUUAGUUGCCAGAGAGACUUUGCCUGAGCCAAAUUCCCAAGGUCAGAGGAAUAGGGAGAAGACCAGGGAGAGUAACUGCUGUGUCAUUCUGUAAAUACACACCUCCGCUGCCGGCCCUCUGUCCUUCUCAUCCGUUCCCACCCUCGGUGAACUUGUCCUAUGUCCUGGAGUCUGUCCACAAUGUGCAUAUGCAUACAGACAAGCACACAGAGUCUCCUCCUCUUGUUUUUUCCAUUGUCUCACACAUACAUAAAAAGACAACAGGCUUAGGCUGAUCCAGGGCACAGAACAGGGAGCAGGAAAUUGAUUAUCGAUACAGUUGAUUCCUUUGUUCUACUUGAUUUGUUGUCAUUACUGAAAAUUAGGGGAAGGAGCUGGAUUUGCAUCUGACCUUUCUUACUUUCCUAAUGCACACCUUUUUAAACCCUCUGCCAUACACACACACAUCAGACACACACCCAUCAUCUUCAGCUGGUCUGUUAAAAGCCAGUUUCUAACUGGCUUCUCAUUCUAGCUGGUUAUCUGUAGUUGUCUGUGUGGCCUUGUUUUGCCACACUGAGAAUUUAAACCACUAACUCACCAACACACAUUCUCAUACACACACACACCCUGUCUACACGUCCAACCAUAUGUGCUUGUGUGAUCUCCCUCAGUGCAGCAGACGAAGCUUAGAUGUGUUUGAUCAGAGAACUCAAACUAGGGGACACACACACAUAUACACGCACACAUGCCUGUGUCCGUUUUACUGCCCUUCUCUACGUGUGCCCGUAAGGGUCACAAAAGAGAAAUUUUUCCUGUAGAGCUGUAGAGACCGAACACAUCCAGCUCUUUUCAGUUGUCAUAUUUGACCCAAACAAGGCCCAACAAACAGAUGAACAACCCAUGUUGUGGUCUUGUUUUGGUUAUUUGUUUGACCAUGACAUUUGUGACUGUGUUUUGACAGUCCCGGCAUAUUUCUGACCGACCAGUGUUGUGAUUAUUAAAACCUCACGUCAGUUUUCUUCCCAUUCCUCCCUCCCAGGACAGGCUUGUCAUGCUCCUGUUUUAACAGCAUUGUGAAGGAUCUUUCUGACCUUUGCUGUCCAAGCAGGGAAAUUAACUCAGAAUGGAAAUGUUUGUCUUAAUUCUCCUUAAUUCUCUCUCUCUGCAUUAAUAAGUGCAUUUUGCACAACAGAAGCAUGUGCUCCAUCAGAUUAAUAAAAAUGUAUAAAGGUUUUUGUGUUAUUUUAUAUUUUUUCAAUGGAAGUAAUGUUCCAAACCAAGGUAACAUGUGUAGAAUAUAUUUAAUAAGAAUCUUAUCUAGAACAUAAUGACUCUAGAUCUCGUUGAUAAGCAGUAUAUCGGUGUUUAGUCUACGAUUGUGUGUACGGUUAGCUUCUAGCCAGGUCACAGUCACCCGCUGACCAUGUCUUGUGCAUAACGGCAGCAAAACCUCCCUGAUCACUGAUGAUUUGUUUUCUUUCUUCUGUGCUCUUUUAUUACUUUUUCAUCUGUUUAUAAUUUAAUGUAAUCCUUUUUCUUUUGUCUUUUCUUUUAAAAAAAAUCACUUUGUAACAGCGCUAGAUCUUAAAAGAAAUAUUGUUUAUAUUGAUCAGGGUUUAAAUCUGUACAGAAAUAAACAUUUUCGAUUGUAAAUAGUA